AUGAAGGGAUUAUUUUUCAUCACCAUUGCCGCGUAUAUUGGCUACAUUGUAUAUGCUGAAGACUUGCCGACCGUGAAUUGCCCGCCGUACGACGAAAAUUCAACUGGGCCAAUCUAUGCUCCACACCCGUGCAAUUGCAGUGCUUACUACCUUUGCUUACCACCUAUGAAUAGGCCCGAGCUAUGCCCUAAUCAUCAGUAUUUCAAUGACGCCACGAAGAAAUGCGAUUCGCCAGCGAAUGUAAAAUGCAAGACUCAUCCUAAGUGCCCGAAACCCGAAAUCCAAGAUGCAGUAGUUAUGGACGCCAAAUCAGUAAUUUAA